CGAGCUGCUAAUUUCUAUGUGUGCAGCCCCCUAAACCUACAAGCCAACUAGCGACGAAACGUAGGCACGCAUGGAGCUGGACCAGGCAAACCCGAGCUGCGAUUGAACCGAUCGGCCGAGUCAAACCGCUAGUAAGCCAUCCAGCGCCUUUCAGCAUUUUACUUGUAGACUGACAACUAGCGUACAUAGCAUGGUCACCUAAGCUUCUGAUUGUUUGCUCUAAACAACAUCUGGGAAUGUCUUUUGCUGUGCGGCAGACGCUGGAGACAGCAAAGGCUAGCAAGGCUGAGAAUUUAUUUAAAGGUCUUUCUACCCUUCGAGCUGACGAAAAGAAGAACAGUGAAGGUCCACCCAAAAACGCGGCGCUCUCAGCUUACCUUGCCAAGAACUAUGGUGGCGGGGACGAUGGUAAAGGCAUAAAGAAAAAGAAGAAGCGCAAGGAGCCGGAUGCGGGCGGCGCUAUUCGCAUUGUGGAUCAUGACGCGGCUGGCAUGCCCCCGCCGGAUGCCAAGGCCCGCAAGGCGGCAGCCAAGCGCGGGCCCGGCAUGCCAUACGGGGACGACGACGAGGAAGAGGAGGAGGAUGCGCCCACCAUCGCCAACCCGGAGGAGGCGGAGGCGCUGAAGAAGCUAGCAGAGAAGGCUAAGAGCGGGUCUGGCUGGGUUUCAGCAGGGGCGGACGGGGCCGGGGGCAGCGGCAGGGCGCGCCGCGACAGCCCGGACGCAUCCCCACCGCGGCGCGGGCGGCGCCACAACAGCCCGGAUGCGUCGCCGCCGCGGCGUAAGGCUCGGCACGACAGCCCAGACGCCUCCCCGCCGCGGCGACAGCAACGGCACGACAGCCCGGAUGCCUCGCCGCCGCGGAGGGGCGGGCGGCAGCCCAGCCCGGACGCCUCCCCGCCGCGCAGGGGCGGCAAGCGCCACGACAGCCCGGAUGCCUCGCCACCUCGGCGGGCCAGGGCGCAAGCGGCGCCCGACGCCUCCCCACCGCGGAGAGGCCGCCAGCCCAGCCCCGACCCAUCGCCGCCGCGGCGGCGCCCGCGCCACGACAGCCCAGAUGCGUCGCCGCCACGCCGGGCCAAGCCGGCGGCGGCGGUGGCGGCGGCGGCGGCGGUGGACGCCUCCCCACCGCGCCGGGGACGGCAGCCCAGCCCGGACGCCUCGCCGCCGCGGAGAGGGCGGCAGCCCAGCCCAGAUGCCUCCCCACCGCGGCGGAAGCUGGCGGCGGACCUGGCCAAGCAGAAGGCGGCGGCGGAGGAGCGGCGGCGCAAUGCCGAGGGCCGCGGCGCCGCCACGGUGUACCGCGACAAGGCCACUGGGCGGGUCAUGACGGCGGAGGAGGCGGCGGACGCCAAGGAGGCGGAGCGCGCCGCGCGCAAGAAGCCGUCCAUCUACGACGAGGACCAGAGCCUGGAGUGGCGCGGCGGCCUGGCGCAGAAGCGGGAGGCGGAGGCGCGGAGGAAGGAGCGGGAGGAGCUGGCGGCCAAGCCCUUUGCCCGUCACGACGUGGACGACCUCCACGAUAGCUCGCUCAAGGGGGCGGUGCGCUUCGGCGACCCCUUCGCGCACCUGGCGCGCAGGCGGGCGGGCGCGGAGCGGGCGGCGGAGGCGGCGGCGCUGACGGAGCGCUACGACGCCGACAAGCUGAACAAGAGCGGCUUCAAGGUGCCCCAGGAGGUUCCGCCCCACAGCUGGCUCAAGCGCGGCGUGGCGCCGCCCGCCAACCGCUACAACAUCCGGCCCGGCCGCCACUGGGACGGCGUCAACCGCAGCAACGGCUUCGAGGCAGACCUGUUUAAGUAUCAGAACAUGCGCGCUGCCAAGGAGCUGGAGGCGCGGCUGUGGAGCAUGGGCGACAUGUAGGGGGGAGGGAGGAGGGAGGGACGGGGGGCCGGCAGUGGCGUUUGGUGUGUGGACGGCGGCGUGUUGGAGCGGCAGCGGCAUGGACGCGGGGCGGGUAGGUGGGCAGUAUGUUGUGUACCGUACUGGACGUGCUGGGGAGCAACAGCAGCAGUAGCAGCAGUAGCAGCAGUAGCAGGGGCAGGGGCAGGGAGGCCAGGGCAGGUGGCGCCCGCCAUGUGGCGUGGCAGGGCGGACGGGUUGUGGCCCGAGUGGCGCGGCAUGGGCGGCACGACGACAGACGACUGGGCGCGUGAGCGGUGCUGGAGCAGGUUUGAGGGCCGGCUUACCGCCACACGGGAAGCUCUACGGGCCCGCGGUACAGUACAGGGCUGGCCUUCCGAACCGAUUUGGACCGACUGUGGGUUUGCUGGGUGGGGGUUGCCUGGCGGGGUUGGCCAGAAGGGGUGCGGCUGCUGCGCUGGUGGCCCUGGGCGCGACUGGGUGGCGCCUGUUCCUGCUCCCCUGCACUCGGUGAUCCGGCGAACCUGGCUGCAGUGUCGGCCAGGCAUCGGCACUACGGUACUCGUCAUGCGCGGUCCUUGUAAACACCUUUGCUC